AUGAACAACCUCGAGGGACUGCCGAUGCUCCAGAAAACUCACGACCUUUGGUACAAGAUUCACGUCCUGCUUUACGACUUAUGCAACAUCGCCACCGACCGCACAUCAGAAUCCCGCACCCUUGCAACCACAGACGAACUCUACAUCAGCGCACCAUACUUCACCCCCUCAGAAGCCGCCCUAAUCAAAUCAACGCAAAUUUUGCCACCAACUCUGAGCGAACUCCCAGAAUUUGAGGAACUCGAAUACGAUGAACCGGAGAGUGAGACUGUAGGAGCUGUCCCGUUGCUUUCCGAUCCCAUCACCAUCGAAGAAGCUAUCAAAGGCUGUUUGCAGAAUUUCUUCGAAAAGCGUAGGGCUAGUGGAGAUGCGAGACCAUGUGGUCCGCAUGAUAUGGGUCCGAUAUAUCUUGCAGCGUUUGGGAUCGCAAAGGAGGAGUUGAAAGAUGAGAAGUUCUUGAGUCGCUUGAGAAGGAGUGGGUUGCCUGGUUUGGAAGAAGAAGCUGCAGGAAAGAAGGAUGGGCAGGUGAAGAAGGGAUCAAAGAAGGGCUCAAAGAAACGUUGA